AUUUACAUUGCAUCUAAAGUCCUAAAUUCUCUCCAUUCGAAGAUCUCGACGUCAAGUGUUCUCCUUUUGAAUCCCUAAUUUUCUCAAUCAGAUACGGUUAAUCUGUUAGUCACAAAAUAACGAUCACCCUCUUCUACAGGAAAAAAAAAUUGCAGAUCAUCUUCGUCUUUAAUUUCAAGUUUCUAACUUUGUAGAGGCAAAGAGAAGCUUUGGCUUUACAGUUGAAGCUAAAACCAAGAUAAGUGGAAGUCUGGUUUCAAAAUCGCAGAGCCAGUUGUUGUGGGUUUCGGCAGUCUCAUCUAACAAUGGAAAAUGAAGAGGAUCCAGUGAGGAAAUCACAGGUGGUGGAAGCUCGGGCUAGGAACAUUAGCCACAAUGUCCGUUGCACCGAAUGUGGGAGCCAAUCCAUUGAAGACUCACAAGCAGAUGUUGCUAUCCUGCUCAGGAAGUUGAUUCGUGAUGAAAUUCGAUCUGGGAAAACUGAUAAAGAUAUCUAUAAAAGGCUUGAGGAGGAUUUUGGAGAGACUGUUCUCUAUGCACCACGUUUUGAUAUUCAAACUGCAGCUUUGUGGCUCUCGCCGUUUUUGGUUGCAGGUGUGGCUGCAGGGGUAUGGGCUUAUCAAAAGCACAGACAAAGAACUAACGUUCACAUAAUGGCAUUGAACCUGGUGAGAGGUGUUCCAUUGACCCCCAAAGAGAAGCAGACGAUGCUAGAGCUUCUGACACCACCUCCAUCACCUCCAUCACUGAGAAAGAGGUGGGGGAGUCGAUGAACUGGGCAUGUUUUAGUCUGUGUAUAGGAGAGCCCUCUUCAGGGACUCAGAAUAUUUUUCUCCUUCUACCCCAUCUUAGUGAUAAAGAGAUCAAAAACCUUGUAUAGCAGCCAGUGACUGUGAUGAGCUAUACGACUUUCUUUACUAUUUCUUAAUUCCUACUAUGCUUGUCAUUGGGACAUUGAGUUUGUAAUGGGAUUGUUACUCCACUUAAAUGAUUCUGAACCAUUUCAUCUUUUAA